AUGCGUGAUCAGUUCCAGGGUUCGCUGUUCUAUACGACGUACAAGGGCGACGCGGCGGUCGAAUUCCUGAACGAAAUGAAUAUUGACGCCAUGGCGGUCGGCAAUCACGAAUUCGACGAUGGCCCGGAGGGUCUCGCCAAUUUCAUCGGCAAGGCGACGUUUCCGAUCAUUUCCGGAAAUAUCGAGGUCAGCGCCGAGCCGCUGCUGAAAGGUAAGGUUCCCGGCAUCGUCAUCCUGGAAAGGGGUAGCGAAAAAUCCAGUAUCGUGUCCGCGCUGGCGAACACGGCUGCCGGCGUCAACAAGAUCAGUGCAGUCACUCACAUGGGCUUGCCACGGGAUAUGGAAAUUGCCGCGGCCGUUCCCGGAAUUGACGUGAUCGUCGGAGGCAAGGAAGUGCCCAUCGUUCAGGCGUAUGCCUACGGAAAGUUCCUUGGCGAACUUGAUGUCACCUGGGACGAUGACGGCAAUCUCCUCAAGGCCGAGGGCGAACCGAUUCUGCUGGAUGCGUCCGUGACACCGGAUGAAGGCUUCGCGGCCCGGGUUGCAGAACUGGCUGCGCCGAUCGAGGAACUGAAGGGCAAGGUCAUCGGAUCCAGUGAAGAUGUCAUCGACGGUGACCGCGGCUCCUGCCGCGCUGGCGAGUGCCAGAUGGGCAAUCUCGUUGCCGACGCCAUGCUUGACCGUGUCAUGGACCAGGGUGUCCAGAUCGCAAUCCAGAACGGUGGCGGUUUGCGCGCCUCCAUUGAUGGCGGUGAAGUCACCAUGGGUGAAGUCCUGACGGUCCUGCCGUUCCAGAACACCCUGUCCACUUUUCAGCUCAAGGGAGCGGACGUCGUAACGGCGCUGGAAAACGGUGUCUCCCAGGUCGAGGAUGGCGCGGGUCGCUUCCCUCAGGUUGCCGGUCUGAAAUACUCGUGGACGCGCAAGAAGGAUCCUGGCGCCGGGCGUGUCCUCGUUGUCGAAGUCAUGGAAGACGGUAAUUGGGUGCCGCUUGAUCCGGACAAGGUCUAUGGUGUUGUCUCCAACAACUACAUGCGCGGUGGCGGUGACGGCUACAAGGUUUUUGCCGAAAGCGGCAUGAAUGCAUAUGACUUCGGGCCCGGACUGGAGGCGGUGGUUGCCGACUACCUCGCAGCGCGCAACGACUAUGCGCCCUACACCGAUGGCAGGAUCACCGAACAGUAA